UCAAGUUCACCAUCCAAUCCCAGUUCCACAUCCCCCGCUUUGAUAUUUGAUUCCUACUGUAUUAAUCCCCUCCCAUUCCCACCGAUGAUGCACAAGACCUCGUCGCUGUCGGAGCUGGGCUUCGACGCCGGCGAUGCUUCGUCGGGCUUCUUCCGCGCGGUGGCCGACGGCUGCCCGCUGACGCCCACCUCCUCCGCCCCGCACCGCCGCCUCACCAAGGUCUCCGUGAUCGGCGCCGGCAACGUGGGCAUGGCCAUCGCGCAGACCAUCCUCACCCAGAACCUGGCGGACGAGAUCGCGCUCGUCGACGCCCUCCCCGACAAGCUCCGCGGCGAGGCGCUCGACCUGCAGCACGCCGCCGCUUUCCUCCCGCGCGUGCGCAUCGUCUCCGGCACCGACGCCGCCGUCACCAAGAACUCAGACCUCGUCGUCGUCACGGCCGGCGCCAGGCAGAUCCCCGGGGAGACCAGGCUGAACCUGCUGCAGAGGAACGUGGCGCUGUACCGGAAGAUCGUGCCGCCCGUGGCCGAGCACUCCCCGGACGCGCUGCUGCUCGUCGUGUCCAACCCCGUCGACGUCCUCACCUACGUGGCCUGGAAGUUGUCGGGGUUCCCGGCCAGCCGCGUCAUCGGCUCCGGCACCAACCUCGACUCCUCCAGGUUCCGGUUCCUCGUCGCCGAGCACCUCGACGUCAGCGCGCAGGACGUGCAGGCGUACAUGGUGGGGGAGCACGGCGACAGCUCGGUGGCGAUCUGGUCGAGCAUCAGCGUGGGCGGCAUGCCGGCGCUCAAGUCGCUGCGCGACAGCCACCGGAGCUUCGACGAGGCGGCGCUGGAGGGCAUCCGGCGGGCCGUGGUGGGGGGCGCCUACGAGGUGAUCGGCCUCAAGGGCUACACCUCCUGGGCCAUCGGCUACUCCGUCGCCAGCCUCGCGGGGUCCCUGCUCCGCGACCAGCGCCGGGUGCACCCGGUCUCCGUGCUCGCCGCGGGCUUCCACGGCAUCUCCGACGGCCACGAGGUGUUCCUCAGCCUGCCGGCCCGGCUCGGCCGCGCCGGCGUCCUCGGCGUCGCCGAGAUGGACCUCACCGAGGCCGAGGCUGCGCAGCUCCGUCGUUCUGCCAAGACGCUCUGGGAGAACUGCCAGCUCCUCGGCCUCUGAGGAGCCUACCGAUUACUAUAUGUUGCUCUACUGAUGCUACCACACGAAUGCUUGUGUAAUUUUGGACUUAUUAUUUCUAAGAGCUGUAAUAGUAUUAGUAAUGUAACAUAGAUUCGGCGAUAUUUAGGCGUUCCACAGUUUUUUUGCAUAUUGAAAACAUAAUCUACUAAAGGAAUAAAAAAACA